UUGAGCACAUAGUGCUGUUGUUCCGUCCUGCUGAAUGGUCUGCGACAGCCAAUUUUCUGUGGUUUUUCAAUUUCACACCAGUUUAUGUGCAGGUAAUUUCAGUCACUUUGGACGCUGAGAUGGGAAUACACUGCAGUACUUCUCCAAAGAUCAUAGACUGUCUGUACGACACCGCCAGCCAUGCAGGCCUGGUUCCUGAUGCCUCCCUGGAUGCCUCACUGGCCUCUCUGCUGUCCUUGAACUCUUCUUGGGCUCUGGAGCAGCAGUACACCACCCUGCAGGGCAGUAUGACCCGGCAGCAGAGGUCUGCCUUCAACCAUGACCUCCAAACUCUCUUCGGAAGAAACACAACGGUGAGUUAUGGAGGAGUGGGUAUUGUUGCACUUGCCCUCUCAGUUCUGUUUGAGAUGCUAGCCCAUCACCAGACCACUAAGUUGAGCUUGCGGAUCCCUGAGGCCCGCUCCACUCCUCCAAACCCCAUACGCAGAAUGUUUGGGGCUGACGCGGGAUCGGACAUCAGCUCCAUUGCCAGCGAGUUUCUCAAACAGAUUCCCGGCGCAGCCAAUGACCAGGACCAGAUGGCGGCACUGUUGAAGAGCUACGAGACAAAGCUGCGAUUGGAGCUGAUGGACUUCUAUGGAAGGAUGGUGUCAUUGGAGAGGAGCGCUCUCAGCUCUAUCGGGGUGAAGCAGUGGAUGAAUGGAGCUGCUCUCCACAUCCACACCUUGAUCCACUGGCAGCGUCUGACCGACCCAUCAGCCGGAGAAGUCUUAAGUCUGGACUACCUAAAUCGUGUUGACCCUCUACUCAAGACAUACAGAGAGUAUCUGCUCAAAACGGUGAAAGUGUUUCCGGCCUUGACCCCCGGCCCUAGUGGGUUGCUGAUAGUGGAGCUUCUGAGAAACGUAAGCCACGGGGUUCACCACAGGGCCUGUGAACGGAAGGCCAUCCAGCGGACUUUGGCGGAACGCUUCUUGUCAGACCAGAACCUGCAGAAGGGAAAGGAGUUCUUCCAGAACUCCCACAAGCACCAUGAUGCUCUGAUAGCGCAGCAAGAGAACUUUAAGCUGAGAAUGGUUUGAGAACAAUUAAGACUGACUGUUAAUUAUGAUCCGACCCUAAGUUGUUAACUGUAUAGAUUAAGUUACUGGCUGGCACUGUUCACCACCCCAAAAUUCCAAAUAAUGGGUAGUUACCUCACACAGCAUUUUGCUACUUGAGAGAACUUAUUUUAUUUAGCAGACCAGAUGUAGACAAGAGGGCAUUUUAUUGAAUAGCAUGCAAGUUCAGCCAUAUUUAAAAAGACUUCACAGAGAAAGAGUCUGCAUGUAACUUGUAAAUGUAAGUUACAGAAGAUACUGUGUUGCUGUAACCUCCAGUGUGUGCCAAGCAUGUAAUUAAAAUGGAGACGAAAAAACAUGA